AAACAGAAAAAUCGAAAUCAAUUGCAGUUAGACAGAAGAUCUCCGGAUUAUUGGCAGGCUUCACAUCUUACUCAAAAUAAUGAGCUACGCUACUCUCUCCAACCUCUGCUGCUUGCUGGUCCUGGUGGCAAUUCUCAAUAUCGACCGCUCUGAGGCUACGCUUGGUGGAGCAACGUGUAACAUUCCUACAGGUUCCCCCGGAGCCAGCACCUUGUGUACCUCAAACAAGAAUGGUUUUUGUGCAGUCGAUACUCUUGACAUAGAUAAAAAAACAGUCACCGGUAUCUGCAUUUGCUACCCUGGCUUCACCGGAGACAAGUGUCAAACGGCGGAUCCAGCGACCGCACCAGGAGGGACAACCGGCACUUCCAGUAGCAAAGGGUCCGGCAACGCCAUAGGGGCCCUGGCAUUGGGCGGUCUGGCUGCACUGGCCCUAUCACAGCUUGGCGGCGGUGGACUAGGAGGGGGGUACGGGGGCGGCUACGGAGGAAGCAUUUCACCAAGAGAACAGCUAUACCUCAGACAAGCUACAGCCUAUUAAACUUUUCUGAUUGUUGACCGAAUUAAAUUCUUCCGCUGAUACUCUCGGGGAAAAUUUCCUAAUUUGUUUGUGGUUAAUUUUUGGUCAUGUAUAUUAUGAUUAUGCAGUACAUGUUAUUUGAUUAUGCUUCUUUAUCCCCCAAAAAAUUAUGAAAUUAUUAUUGACAGAUGAAGUUUGUUUAUUGUUUUAUUAUUAAAGGAUACCAUGUUGAUAUUUCAAGCAUAAAUUCUGUAAUUAGCGCUA